AAUUAAUUGACCUCAUAGACUCGACUUUAAUAUUUUGAGGCAGCGUGGGAAAACAGACAUAUCGUUCAAGAUGAGUGUGCUGAGACUCUAUAUCAAUUAGAGACAAAAUGAGUUUCCUGCUGGCGGACACAGUCUCUCUCGCCCAGGAGCAUCCGGUCUUUGUUUCCGUCAUUACCGUCGCUCUCUUUGCUGCUUUUGUUAUAUCACCAGCCAAGGUUGUUGGCAUGGCCAAAAUUCGAUACUGGCAUUCAGCAAAGUCACUUGUACUCAAAACUAAGGACGGCAGAACUACUUCGCUCGCAAAACUAUGCAAAUCUGCCGUUCCACCUUGUCGAUUGAACCCGUUUCUCUUCAACGGCCAUCUUCAGACCAUAUGGACGGUUUUGACCCGGCAAUCCGUUCCCAUAUACUAUAAGCGGCGGAUCUUUGAGAACGAGGAAUCUACAUACACUGGACAAUUCGCGGUUGAUUUUGCCACGAAACCCAACGAUGCUCACGACCCGACGUUACCGCCGAGGACGACCUACUACACGGAACAGGAGUUCAAGACCAUCGGCUCCCUCGACAACUGCCCAAUGCUGGUGAUGCUUCAUGGCUUGAGUGGUGGGUCUCACGAGCUCUAUCUCCGGCAUGUCCUAGCUCCUCUGUUGGGAGAAGGUGGAUGGGAGGCAUGUGUUGUCAUCUCCAGAGGAUGUGCUAUGACCAAGGUGACAUCUAGCGUUCUGUACAAUGCGAGAGCUACAUGGGACGUGAGACAGACCGUGAAAUGGCUGAAAAAGACGUUUCCGAAUCGUCCGCUCUUUGGUAUUGGGUUCUCGCUGGGAGCGAACAUUCUCACAAAUUAUCUUGGUGAAGAAGGCAGUGAUUGUCCUUUGGAGGCAGCUUGUAUCAUUUCCAACCCCUGGGACUUGCAGGCGGGCAGUCUCGCUUUGCAACGGACAUGGUUCAACCGGAAUGUAUAUUCCGCCGCCAUGGGAAACAGCAUGAAGAGACUAUUCGAGACUCACGUCGACCAAAUCUCCACAAACCCCAAAAUUGACGUCGAUGCCGUCCGAAAGAUUAAACAUCUCCAUGAAUUUGACCGACAUGUUCAAGGUCCAACUUGGGGUUACCCAACGGAAGGAGCUUAUUAUCGGGAUGCAUCCUCCGUAGAUUCCCUGCUUGCCAUCCGAAUUCCCUUUCUCGCGAUUCAUGCGGAAGAUGAUCCAGUGACUGCGAGCGAAGCUUUGCCGCGACAAGAAGUCCAGACGACACCUUAUGGUGUGCUGUGUACAACGAGCACUGGUGGCCACCUGAGUUGGUUCGAACUCGGGGGCAAACGGUGGUUUGCGAGAGUCGUAAGUUUCCAUUCUGAAGGCCACAAUGCUCAACUGUGACCUCAACUGACGGAAUGGGGUGACCAUAGACCACAGCGUUCUUCCAAACCAUGGCACGAGACAUUGACCUAGACGCCAUAUCCAGGAUUGACGCUGACGAUUCGCAACUCGAGGGGCAAAUUUCCCGCGAUAAUCGAAACCCUCUAGUGCCGGUCUUUGAGCCCAUGCGGCGCAAGAUGAAUAUCCCGUCAUAGCUGUAGAUACGUUUCGUCGAUAUUAGACCAUUUAUAGAACACACCAAGUAUGUGCG